AUGUCUGUCAUUCUAUGUACAGCGGGUUACGACCACACAAUCAGAUUCUGGGAGGCACUGUCGGGAAUAUGCUCCCGGACCAUCCAACAUCCCGAUUCGCAAGUCAACCGCCUCUGCAUCUCACCCGAUAAGCGUUUCCUUGCCGCCGCCGGCCACCACAGUGUCAAGCUGUACGAUAUCAAGUCGACGAACCCAAAUGCGCUUCUUACCUUCGAAGGCCACACGGGCAAUGUCACAGGCGUGGCAUUCCACUGCGAAGGCAAAUGGAUGGUGACGAGCUCGGAGGACGGUACGGUCAAGAUCUGGGACACGCGGACGGGGACGAUUCAGCGCUCCUACAGCCAUGGCAGCCCGGUGAACGACGUGGUGAUUCACCCGAACCAGGGCGAAAUUAUCAGCUGCGAUAGAGCGGGAAGUGUGCGCAUCUGGGACCUCGCAGAGAACAAUUGUUCGCAUGAGAUGAUCCCUCAAGAGGACGUGUCCGUCUCGAGCGUCACAGUCGCAAGCGACGGGUCUUUGCUUUGCGCAGCGAACAAUGAAGGAAACGUCAUCGUCUGGCACCUGAUCCAGUCCUACGAUCGCACGCAGCUCCUCCCCGUCACCCAGUUCAGCGCUCACCAGAACCACAUUACCAGGAUUCUCCUAUCCCCGGACGUCAAGAAGCUCGCCACCUGCAGCGCGGAUCAUACCGCCAAGAUCUGGGAGGUGGUGAACAUUGAACCUCGCCCCGAUGAGGAGGCCAAGCCUUUCCCGCUCGAAGCGACCCUGACUGCCCAUCAGCGUUGGGUAUGGGAUUGCGCUUUCAGCGCGGACUCGGCGUAUCUUGUCACUGCCUGCUCCGACCAUUAUGCGCGGUUGUGGGAGGUCAGUGGUCAACAGAUCAUCCGCCAAUACAACGGGCAUCAUCGCGGAGCCGUCUGCGUGGCGCUCAAUGAUUACUCUGAGACGCGCUGA